AUGUCCCCGGAUAAUGCGGGAACUCGCCAUAUGUUGGAUGGCUCUUCUGAAUUGAAUGAGGCAUUCGAAUCAUCUCUGCGAUCAGUCAGCGGUCACCACCAAGUUUCUCCAAUCCAACAAAGAGGACGUAAACUCUGGAUCGUAAGUGCUCACGCACCUACGGAAACCGCUGAGGACAACAGUAAGGACGCCUUCUAUGAUGAACUCAAUGCGUUGAUGUCUAAAAUACCAAGCCAGCAGGUGGUCAUUGUCGGAAUCGCAAAUGCGAAGAUGGGACUCGAACAGCAAUCCGAUGCGCUAGGAAGUGGUACUAUGCAGCGGAGCUCACGUCGGACAACGGGGUCAACCCUUUUAACGCCUGAAGAGCAGCGCAAGCGGAAGAUGAGGACUCUUAAGCUUCAGCUCGACUACGUUCUGGCGAGGAACAUUUCUCAGUCAGAUACCCGAAAAUCUAGAGCUGUUUGGGACGUCGCGUUCGACUCUGACCACCAUCCAGUUCUUCUCAGCUUCAAGAUACGGUUCCACAAGAGAAACCGAGGAGUUCCUCUUCAACCGAAAAUCGACAUGGCAGGUCUGAAAGACGAUGAAUGCAGGAGAAAAUUCCGCCAACGUGUGUCUAUUCAUGUUGGAGUACGGACCAGGAAGAAGCUUAGCGAUGCGGAUUCCUUCACAAAGUGCAUCCAGGACGCUGCAAUGGAAACGCUCCCGGUUCUAUUGCAGCGGAAGAAGUUUGCCUUUGCAUCUGCGGAAACAAAGUCCACAUACAAUUCUGUAUGUGUCGCGCGCAGCGCUGGUGACUUCAACCAGGAAAAGCGUCUUAGAAGGAAGGUGCGUCAUCAACUGCAACAAGACCGCGAUAACGAGCGGACGUCAAGAGCGAUAGAGUUUGAGAAGGCGUGGGAGGACAGGAACCCGCGAAAAGCCUAUGCUCUACUAAAACAGUAUAGCUUCAAAAUGAAAAGAUGUUCCUCUGUCCUCAACACUGCCAGUGGGGUAGAUGUCGGUGAAGCAACCCUUCCAAUUUGGAAGGAACACUUCAAGACCUUGCUGAACCGGCUAGCACCGUCAGCCCCUGAACUCGAACACAUUCAUAGACCGACAUAUUCGGUUAAGGAGGAGCCACCAACCGUGUCGGAGGUCCUGGUCUGUAUUCAAAAAAUGAAGAAAGGAAAAUCCGGCGGAGACGGCGGGAUUAGCGCAGAAAUGCUAAAAUAUCGUCCUCCGUCUGGGAUUCGUGAGAUGACAAAGAUUAUCCGUUCAAUAUGGAUAGACGGAAGGAUACCUGAUUCGUGGAGACACGCUAUCAUAAUUCCCCUCCACAAGAAGUUAUCCGUCACGGACCCCAAGAAUUAUCGAGGAAUCUCUUUGCUGCGUGUUAUGUACAAGGUAUUGGAGCGCAUUAUCCUGGACCGACUCAUUAAACAUCGCGAAGAAACAACGCGCGACGAGCAAGCUGGCUUUCGUCCUGGCCGAUCUACGAUUGACCAGGUGUUCAUCGUCAGGAGAGCGAUCGAAAUCUGGCAGCGGUAUUCGAAGCCAAUGCAACUAGCGUUUCUGGACUUUGAAGCCGCGUUCGACUCUCCUCACCGAGGCCGUCUUCUCAACGCGCUGAGCGAGAGUACCGUUCGCUUGCUUGAUGAUCUGAAUCAACGAACAACUGCUGCAGUUCGAACACCAGCCGGAUGUACAACACCGUUUGAAGUGGUAACUGGAGUAAGACAAGGGGCAGUGGCAGGACCUUUCCUGUUCAACUUCGCUUCGCUAUCGAUUCUUCUUAACUUAACUUCGCUAUCGACGAAGAAGAGUCGAUCAGCCGACAUCGUCUCAGCGCCAUCAGGGUGCCUCUUGACUGAUCUCGAGUACGCCGGCGAUGUUGUAAUAUUCGAGGAAAGCACUAGGAAACUUCAACAUGUUGUUAACCUUGUAUCGAAGUUGGCUGCAGCCUGUGGAUGA